CUUGCCCUUCCUGCGCGGAGCCUUUCCCAUAGAGGGGGAGGGGACGGAGCCGGCUCUGCGUCUCUCUCAGAAAUUGGCGGGCGGAGAAGGCUACAGAGCUGGGUGUUAUCACUGGUUGUACUCCGCAGACAACCCAGCAAUUGAGAGAAGGAAGGGGCAGAGCCAGUGCACCACUGCUCACUUUCCCUCCCUGUGUGAUGUCACAUAACUCGGAUGGUGAGGAUGACUGUUUGGAGGAGAAUAAAUUCAAAGAGUAUUGUGCAGAGUUUAUCAAACACUCGCAACAAAUAGGAGACUGUUGGGAGUGGAGAAAUGUAAAGGGUUCUACUGAUGGCUAUAUGCAUAAAACACACUUCCAAGUGAAAGGUCGAGGUGUCUCAUCAGACUUAGGGGAGAUAACGAACGACAACGAUGAAAUAACAUUUACUUAUGUUGAGGAAGCUCUGGAUGACUCUCAGGUGGCUGGAAUCCAUGCGACAUCAGAGACAAUUCGCUAUGAGUAUCAUGUUCUGUACUCCUGCAGCUAUCAAGCUCCUGUGCUGUAUUUUCGAGCAUGUUUUUUAGAUGGAAGGCCUUUAACUUUGGAUGAAAUAUGGAAUGGUGUUCAUGAAUGCUACAAGGAACGUCUCUGGCUGGGUCCAUGGGACACUAUUACACAACAGGAACAUCCAUUACUUGGACAGCCGUUCUUUGUACUUCAUCCUUGUCGGACAAAUGAAUUUAUGGCUUCUAUAUUAUCCAGUUCACAGAAAGGAAAGAGGAACACAAAUUACAUUAUCUCAUGGCUAAGUGUUGUUGGUCCUGUAGUGGGACUCCAGCUACCUCUGAGUUAUGCAAAAGUCAAUUCUGAGCAGAGGGCAAGUGCUGAUUAAAGAGGUUCCCUAAAAACACGAAUAACGGUGAAUUGUAAAGCUAAACUCAGAUGCAAAGGUGGCAACAUCAUGGUGAACAAGCUGUCCACUUCAUCAUAAGAUACCUCAACAUGUCACAUUGUGUUGACAUUAUUGUAUCUUAUAACAAGAAAUAAUUGUUUUUCAUGACAAGGACAGGCCUACCAGAAAGCAAAUGCCCAUUCAUGUAAUGGUUAUCAAAAGCAAUGGGUUUAAGAUCUCAGAUGAUGAAAAUCUCCUUUCCUCUUCUCUUGUCAUUAUAGUUUAACAGUUGGUUGAAAGGAAAUACCUGUAUGCUGAAUUGUGUCCUUCCUGCAAUUUGAUUUAUUAGACCCAUUAGCAACAGUAGUAAGUUACAGAUAGAUAUACAAGUUACUUCACAACACUACAUAAGACUUUGUGGAGCAAACAACAAAAAAUCAUUGGGUGCAUGUCUGCCGAGAGACUGUGGAGGCCGCUCCCCUGACUGGCUGAUACUGUGGGGAGGGGCUCAAACCCUGACUCUUUAGCUGGGUAAGACAACUGAUCUAUUUAAAGACCUUCCCCUAGGUAUGCAGGAGAAGAGGGAUGUGGGGUCAGGAUCAGGCCAGAGCCCCAGUAUUGUUCAAGCCUAUCACAAAGCUCAAGCAAUCAGUAGAGGGACAGUCAAAAUGCCAGGAAGCACCCCAACCUCUUGGCCAUUGUAUUCUCCACCCACCUGACUACAGCUGAUAGGUGGGGCAGUGAAGAAGUCUCAGCCCUAUGACAUCUUUUAGGGUGGGGCGGGGAUGCUGACAUCAUGACCCCUUUACAUUUUAAACCCUUGCCUGCCGAUCAGCUGCUUGCUGAGAUGGGGAAUGAGAAAGAUGGGCAGAGGCUAAUUUACAGGGACAACUUCUUUCCCCUGCACUGGGAUGGGGUAAGGAAAGAGGUGGGCCAGCUGCAUUCUGUGGUAGGCAUCUGACAAUUGGCUUCCAUUUACUAACGGGAGGCUUUCCUCCUGCAAGAAGCAGUGGCCCCUAUGGAGCAUAUGCAGGCUGUAAGGCUGCCUUUAAAAUCAGGAGAGACGAGGCCGAUGAGGACACACUGGCAUCUUCCUCCUGCAGCUAAAGGAGAGGGAUGGAGGAUCAGGAUGAGGCCUAACCUCCUAUCUCAUUUCCAAAGCCUGGGGAACUCACAGCCAGCAACACAAAUCAACAUGAGGGAAGGGCAGUUGCCCCUCUUACAAUAUGACAUCUCUUCAUCUGUGUACAUCUUCAUGUGUAAUGAUCACACAUGCAUAGGCAACGUGAACAUUUUAUUCCUCGAAUGCCCAUAGUAAUAAAUGUACAGUGAUGCAUAUGGUUAGGUUAGAAUCAGGCCAGACAUGGUGGCAGCCCUGUUCUGCCCGUUUCAUAUGUAAAAAUGUGACUUGGUGGUGUUGGUGUCUAAUUUCAACAUCAACAGAGGCAUGUGCAUGAGGAAAGCUGAAUUGUCCCCCUCUUUACUUUUUACAGCCUCUUUUACUGGGCAUCUUUGGAGAGAGGAUUUAAACCACAGGAGAGGAUUAAAUAGCCUUUCCCCCAGUAACCUUUCCCCAGUUAUCUGAAUAUCCUAGCAUUAUAUGAGUAUCCCAGCAUUAAAUUCCACAACGCUCAGUAACUUUUAUUAAGUUCAGUAGUUAAGAGGCAUACUUUUAACUAUCAGAAAAUCCAUUUCAUUUCCUCCUUAGUUAUUACAUUAAAUUCACAUUUUGGGGUGUACCAUGCUAGAUUUAUGAGUAAACACUGUAUCUUGCCUUUACCUAGACAAAUUUUCAUUCAGCAAAUUUCAUUUAACCAUGGUGCGUGAACCACAGUGCAGUACACAGGAGCAGUUUCUUUUCAACUCCUCCUUAACAAACUUAAAAUAAAACAACCUUACUGUUUUAUUUCAUUUAUUCAGCAGUUAGAAACAAAUUAUAUAUAAAGUCAAAUGUUAAAAUAAAUAUUUAAAAUGUGUUCUUAGAUAUAAAUAGAUAUAAAUAAAUAAAAAGCUCUUAGAUACACUACUUGAUAAUUGCUUGUUUUACUUUGUAUCUUGUUGAAUAGUAACAAAUGCAAUGGGUAAAGUUAGAUUCUUUGGCUAGGUGAAAUAAUUUUGGACAUUUCUAAAGAAUGAGCCUUGUCCCAGUGGGGUAAAACAACACGUAAGUGAAGUUUUAGAAAUUAAUUAGGGUCAAGAGAGUAAAGUAAUGUGUUUCACAAGGCUGUCUUCAGCCACACAAUUCUUAGGGGUUGUGGUAUAAUCACUAGAACUCUUGUAUUUCUGAAUACUUCAUCUGGCUUCUUAUAAAAGGUAUAUAAUCUGUAUUACGCAUUGAAUCCAAAGCCAGGUUUACCUGCUCUCACUAGGAAGAUACAUCUCAUUAUACUGUGCGGCUGGCAAGCUUAUCACCUUAACUUGUGUUACAGCAGAGACACAGCAGCAGAGACUUUUCCUGGCUGUUUAGCUGAAACUAGCCUCUCACUGUAUAACUGCAUUUGAUUUAGAUAGGUAGCUGUGUACCUAUCUGUAGCAGUAGAAAAGAGCAGGAGUCCAGUAGCACCUAUAAGACUAAGAAAAUUUGUAGUAUUCAUGAAUAUAGGUGCUACUGGACCUUUGCUCUUUUCUACUGCACUUGAUUUGUAGUUUCCAGCAUGUCUGCCUGUGCAGAAGCUAGGAGUGUGCAAUCCAGCCUUCAUAUACCAGUUACAUAGCUGGAUUCAUGCCAAUCCAGGAAGUGUCAGAAUAUAAACUCACUUGCACAUGUGUAAAGGCUGUUGUGCCCUUUAACAUAGAGCAUAGGGUGAGUCAGCAAUUUCUCUGACAGUUCACACCUGAUCAAUUAAGCUGGGAUUGCGGCAUGAUUGCAUCAGCCGUGUGCUGGUUGGCUGACUCCAACUCACCCUAUAGGCUAGUGGACACUUAAAAGUCCAGCCAAAGGUUUGUGCAUCGCUGAUCUGCUCAGCUUGGUGCCUGGUGCAAACCUUUGUCGCUCAGAACAAUCUUGGAUAACUCUGGUAACUGACCUAAGGACUGGACUCUGGUUUUGCUCUCUCUGUAUGUAUGCUGAGCACUUUUGCACCUGUAAUAUAUGGACUUGUAUAAUACACCAUCUGCACUUCAUCACAA